UCUUAUAUUGAAGUUAAAUCAUUUUUGAUCAUGUUGCUCUGUAAUACUUUUUUUUAAACCAAAUAUUUAUACAAUAUUUGUAAUUUAUAUCAUUUAUAUAUUUACAAUUGAAUUUAUAAUUGGAUUGUUUUUAUCCAAUUGUUUUCCUGAUGCCACGUCAUUAUGUAUAAUCAUGUCUUUGUAUAGUUGAUUGUUCUCUGAUGCACUAUUGUGGUCACGUGAUUGCCCCGCCCACUACCUGUAUCCUUUUUAAAAGCACGCCGCAUUUCAAAUUCACCGUCAGUGCAGAGAGUGAGUACUGUAAGUAUCCAGCGUGGUGAGCUUGGUGCAACAUUUUUGGGGAAACACAUUGUGAGGAAAGGUAGUGUUGACUUCUUGUACACUCAUUUAAUUUAUAUUCUUCUUUUCCUAAGAAUGGAGGAUUUUAUAUCUUAAAUUAGACUCUUUUUUCCCCCUAUUACAGAUGCCCAGGAUGAGACAAGUUCGCCAGCGGUUGAAUUUCACUGCCCUCGAUGAGGAGAGCGGCUGCAGAGGAACCGAAGACGAGCUGAGAUUUUUGCCAUGCCACACGACGUGUGAAGAGUUUCUCAGGAGCAGUCCUGAAUGCUCAGAAUAUGAAAGGAACCUUGAUGAAGACUUUCAGAGCUCGGUACAAUCUCUUGCACUGUCCCCUGCUUACCCGAGACACGUGGAGACUCUGAGAAGUUCAUCAGAUAUCUCACACAGAGACACGUCUCCAUCACUGCAGUGUCUCACCUCCAUCAGAACAUCUUACAGUUUGAAAAGAGAUCAGUCAGUGCAGAAGAAAGAAAGCCUUCAUUCAUCCAUCACUCCAAAAUCCGAGCUAAAGAGACAGGGGAUUAAUAUAAACCCGUUCACUCCAGACUCGCUUCUCAUCCAGACUGUGAGCGCAAAGAGAAACCGCGCCGGAGUACAUCAGAAAGACUCAUGCGAGGACUUUGAAGAGGAAUUCAUUCCUCCAUUAAAGAGAAAGAGCGUUGUGGUGCGUCCGACAUCUCGCUAUAGAUCGGAAUUCUACGAAUUGGAGAAAAUCGGCUCUGGAGAGUUUGGGGCUGUUUUCAAGUGUGUGAAAAGACUUGACGGGUGCAUCUACGCCAUCAAGCGCUCCAAGAGCCCAUUAGCGGGUUCUGUGGAUGAACAAAACGCUCUACGUGAGGUAUACGCCCAUGCCGUCUUGGGACAGCACCCCCAUGUGGUGAGGUAUUACUCUGCAUGGUCGGAAGAUGAACACAUGCUGAUCCAGAAUGAGUACUGCGACGGCGGAACGCUCGAGCAGCUCAUCACGGAGAACCGGAGAACGCAGAAGUUCCUCUCUGAAGCUCGGUUGAAGGAUUUGCUCCUGCAGGUGUCCCGGGGUUUGAAGUACAUCCACUCUGCUUCUCUUGCUCAUAUGGACAUCAAACCAAGUAAUAUAUUUUUAUCGAGGAGAGCGGCUGUUCAUCAUGCAGAUGUCCAUGGAUCAAGUGCAGAUGUCGUGUACAAAAUAGGAGAUCUUAGUCAUGUGACUCAUGUGAACAGACCAAGAGUGGAAGACAGAUCCAGCAGAUUUUUAGCCAAUGAGAUCCUGCAAGAGGACUACAGGAAUCUACCUAAAGCAGAUGUUUUCGCACUGGCACUCACAGUGCUAACUGCCUGUGGGGCAAAAGCGCUCCUGAGGAAUGGGGAAAUGUGGCACGCAAUACUCAGAGGGAAACUUCCAACUGCAGCUCGGGUGCUGUCGGAAGAAUUUCAACAACUUCUUAAGCUCAUGAUUCAUCCGGACCCCGUGAGCAGACCUUCGUCCUCAGCCCUGAGUAAACACGCCGUCCUCCAGCCUGCCUCCAAACUGAGUGCUGACAGCCUGCGCGAGCAGCUUCAUGCACAGAAGUUCAGAAACGCACUGCUACUGAAAGAGCUGAAAGAGAUCCAGUCGUCCACAGCAGCUGCAGAACCGAGCGUCUCUUACAGCACCGUGACCUGCUCCAGUGGAAACAAGUACGACACAUCGUCCAGACUGCUCGGGAAAAAGAUCAACCGCUCAGUUAGUUUAACCAUGUUCUGAUCCGGACCGUUUUAUUUUUGGAAAAACACAUACAUUUGGACCCUUCAAGUUGUAAAAAGUAAAUGAUAUCUUAGUUUACAUGAAAUUUAUGGAAAUAUGUUCAUAAUUGUAUUGCUACACCAUAUGGCCAAAAAUUUGUGGACACCUGACUUUUAAACUCGUAUGAGCUUGUUGAACGUCCCAUUCCAGAUUUAGUCCUCCUUUGCUGUUAUAAUAAGCUCCACUCUUCUGAGAAGGCUUUCCACUAGAUUUUGGAGCGUGGCUGUGGGGAUUUGUGUUCAUUCAGCCACAAGAGCGUUAGUGAGAUCAGGUAUUGAUGUUGGGACGUCGAGGAGGCCCUGUUUCAUUUCAUCCCAAAGGUGUUCAGUCUGGUUGAAGUCAGGGCUCUGUGCAGGACACUCCAAUUCUUCCAGUCCAACCUUAACACAGCAUGUCCUCAUGGAGCUCCUCGCUUUGUGCACAGGGGGUGUCGUCAUGCUGGAACAGAUUUGGGCCUGCCUCUUAAGCUGCUGCAUACAGAGACAUGGUACACUUUGUGGCACACGUUUGGGGAAGACCCAUAUACAGUAUGGGUGUGAUGGUCAGGUGUCCACAUACUUUUGGCCAUGUAGAUGAUAUAUUCUUAGAUAUAUGGUUAAAAUAUAUGCGAGUUAUCUGUAUUAUGUUACAGAUUUUAAAUGUAUGAGUUUCCUGUAUUACAGAUUUAAACUGAUGUGAUUUUCAUAGUGUGAUGAAGAAGCACUUGAACAAAUAAAUUGUUGCACAACCUGCUGCUGAGUUAUUAUUAUUAUUUUGUAAAAUUUGCACAGCCUGUCGAUAGACACUCCUACAGUGCGACGGUAAUUUUAUCUGUGCAUAAUUGCUGCAUAUUUUGAUUGACAGU